AUGGCGGAUGUGCUCGGAAUAACACCAAGAGAUAUUGGUAGUGAGGGUCCUGUUCAUGGUGAACAUGACAACCCCCAAGAGACAACCCAUCACAUGGGUGUACAACCACCUACAGGGAGGGAGGAUGAUAAAAAGGUGAUAGUAGAAAAGCUCUUGUCGAAUGACUCUAUACAAAGUAGUAAGGCACAUAAGGGUGGUGUUUCUAUUACUUCUAUUGCACGAAAAGGUGGAAUCGGCAAAACAACUCUUGCAAAAAUGGUCUUUAAAGAACUCGAAGAACAUUUUGGAAAACGUAGAUGGUGGGUUUGUGUUUCGGAGAGGCCAAACCGUAAGGUUUUGGUGUGGCAGAUACUAAGGGAAGUGUGCAAGGGAUCUAGAGAAAACCCUGAUUGUUCCAUGAGUGAGUUGUGCACACAAUUACAGAACGAGCUCUUAAAGGAAAAAUUUUUGUUGGUCCUAGAUGAUGUGUGGGAACUAGAAUGGUGGGGGGAAGAGGUAGAGGGAACAUUGAUGGCGGCUGCAAUGGGGAGCAAUAUUUUGAUUACCAGUAGAAAGAAAAAUGUAUCAAAAGGGAUGCGUGCUUCUUAUGUCCAUGAAUUACCAGAAUUUAGUUUUGACCAAAGCUCAGAGUUGUUUCUAAAGGAGGCAGGCCAAACAGAAGAAGAUUUGGUGAUGCAUAGGAUCAGAGAUGUUGGAGAGAGAAUAGUAAGGAAGUGUGGUGGCACACGGGAAAUUAACUGUUGUUAA